CAUACUAUACCUGUACUUCAAUAUACAAUUACUUUGGGUGCACUGAAUGUAAUUAAAAUGUAAAAUAACAGCUUUUAAUAGUAAAAACAACCCAUUGGACUCAAAUGAAUCUCAUAUAAGCUGUGUGUAGAACUUGUGUAUAAGAACAGAAAGGUUUAUUCAGUUCAGUUGAUGAAAAACACAAAAGAAGAUUUUUGAUUUUGAACAUUUAAAAUAGAUAUUUUAUAUUUAUUUAAUCACUUUCUGUCAGAAUUGAUGUUGAAUGAGACCCCCAUUUCUUGGCUUAUGAUUUGAAUCUGUAUUUUCCCAUUGGUCAAUGGCUGAAUAGAUCUUAUCUUGUGAUACAUUUUCAAUUCAUUCUUGUAGUAAUACCACUGAAUAAAAUGUAUCUGUCCAGUUUCUGUACACUAAUUGUUAAAGUCUGGUAACAUAUGCUGAUCAGCCAUCAACCAAUGGAAAAGAUGGUCUCAAGCCAUAACCCAUGAAAAUGAAAAAUUGUGGUUGAAUUAUCAACUUACAUGAGUUUCAUUCAACUAUGAAAAGUCAUUCAUUUUUACAAUUAUAUUUUUAUAAAGCAUAAUUUUUUGCACCACCUGGUAUUGUUUUAAUUGUUUCAUCUUAAUGUGCUUCUAAACUAGUUAUUUAAAACUAAAACUAAAGUAACCCUUCUAUUUUUGACAUAAUUAAUAUGUAUGACAUAUUUUAACAUUAUAUAUAGUAGGGCAAUAAAAUAAUGAAAGAAUACCUCCAGUUCUGCUUGUUAUAUGGCAUUAAUAAAAGUUAAUAUAAUUUUUAAUUUCCUCUGGUUUAUGCUUGUAGAUAUGGGGUGAUAAGUCUAAUUGCCAGAGACUGCUCUUAAAGAUAUAUUAUACAUAACAUUCAGUAGUCAUGUUAUUUAAUUUAUGUUACUGUUUUAUACAAGACUGAAUGAAGCACUUUUACUUUUGCAAGAAUAUUUUUAUACAGUUGGCAAGAGAAAAUUAAUAUAUUCAUAUACAUGAAUACAGCACCUGAAUCAUGAAUACUAAGAACAUAACAUUUACAAGUCAUACCUACAUAUUAUACAUGUAGAAAACACAUUUCAGCUUCCUCAUAAAACACUAAAUGUACUGCUUCAGGUUGAAAAUAAGAUUAAAGAUAUCUGUUUCAAAAUAUGAUUGUCUUUGACCACGCCUUUAUCUUGUGGUCUUUAAUGUACCUAGUGGCCUGCAUUGUAUGUGUAUUAAACAAUUGUUGCCAAUAAGACCAAUAGUAUUUCAAAAUGUCAGACCAGUCUUAUGUAAUUUCAAUAAACUUCUGGAAUUCAUGCUACAGUGGGAAAUCAGUAUUCCUGCUUCAUAUUCAGGAGGUUUUGGCUUAAAAUCUUGGUCUAGAGUAGCUAACCUGAUGUUUUGUGAGGUUUCCUUUUUUCUGUCCAGUCAAUUAUGGCAGUAUGUUCAUUUAGGCCACAACUGCUUCCUUUCACUUCCUUUCCAAUUCAUUCUCUCAUACAGUGCCAUAAAGUUUAAACAACUGACAGCAAAGUUAAAUGAACAAAUCGGAAAGAACCCACAUUAAUAAAUACUUUGCUGACAAAGUGUACUUCUGUCAGUAUCUUCAGUAUUGGGGGAUACCUUGGAAUCAUCGAUAAAUCUACACAUAAGAUUAGUAGAAAGCUUAAAGAUGGUGCCCUUCUUCCAUCAGAUGUUUGUGCAGCCUGCCUGUACCAGGCUGAAAAACUGAAGACAUUAAAUAUGUUCGUCAGAUUAACAAAAGAAGUGGCUGAGAUUCAAGCCAAAGAGGCAGAUUCCAGGUAUAAAAAUGGUAACAUCAGGUGCUUAUUAGAUGGUAUUCCAGUAGCUGUCAAGGACAAUUACUGUACGCUUAAUGUUGAAACAACAUGUAGUUCACAAAUGUUGGAAAACUUUAAGCCUCAGUAUAAUGCAACAAUGGUCCAGAAACUGCAGAAUGCUGGGGCUGUUCUACUCGGAAAAUGUAACAUGGAUGAAUUUGCAAUGGGGUCAGGCACUGUAGAUUCAAUCCAUGGCCCAAGUAAGAAUAUUUGGCAGUCAGGAAAAUGUGCAACAUCCAUAGAACAUGUGCAUAGUGUCAAAGUGAAAUGCCGGGAAUUUUAUCAGCUUUCACCACCCAGCAGUAAAGGAAGUUGUAGUACUGUGGAAGAAGAUGAUUGGUUCAUCGCAGGUGGAAGUUCUGGAGGCAGUGCUGUUGCAGUAGCUUCAGGAACUGUAUUUGCGGCCCUUGGUUCAGAUACUGGAGGUUCAACAAGGAACCCAGCUGCAUAUUGUGGUGUUGUGGGUUUGAAACCCAGCUAUGGUCUGCUGUCUCGUCAUGGUCUCAUACCACUUGUCAAUUCUAUGGAUGUACCAGGAAUUCUGACAAGAACAGUGGAUGAUGCUGUUACACUAUUAAAUGUUCUUGCUGGAUAUGAUCCACUGGACUCUACUACAAUAAGAGAUGAUUUUAUUCCAUUGGAUUUAAGCCAAGAUAUAGACAUCAGUAAAAUGAGAAUUGGAAUACCACAGGAAUAUCACUGCCCAGGGAUUUCUGAUGAAGUUUUGGAGACUUGGAGUGAGGUUGCAGACAUUCUGGAGAAGGCAGGAGCAGAAGUAGUCUCAGUUUCAAUGCCUCACACACCAUCAUCAAUAGCAUGUUAUUCAGUGCUGAAUCAGUGUGAGGUUGCAAGCAAUAUGGCACGGUAUGAUGGCAUUGAAUUUGGACUGCGCACUGCAGAGAACAGGUCAACAGAAGAACUAUAUGCAUCAACACGCAGUCAGGGCUUCAAUGAAAUAGUGAGAGGUCGCAUCCUAGCAGGAAACUAUUUCUUGCUACAAAGGAACUACUCACAAUAUUUUGUCCAAGCUUUGAAGGUGCGUCGACUAAUUGCCCAGGACUUUGCUCGUGUCUGGUCAUCAGGCAUUGAUGUUCUCUUAACACCCACGACACUGACAGAUGCUCCAAGGUAUUCACAGUUUAUUUCACGGGACAACAGAGAGCAGUGUGCCUCCCAGGAUUAUUGUACACAGCCAGCAAAUAUGGCAGGAUGCCCUGCUGUCACCAUCCCCAUCAAACUCUCAAAACAAGGACUACCUCUCAGCUUGCAACUUAUGUCCCAGAAUUACAGGGAAAAUCUGUUACUUGCCAUUGCAAGAUGGAUUGAGAGUGUGGUUGACUUUCCUCAUCUAGAAUUAGAUAUAUAGGACUCUGUUCCCACGGUUAUAUCUCACCAACAUAAAACUGAUUACUCGUCUUCAUUAAAUGCCAAGACUGAGCCUGGUCUUCACAUGCUCUGUAUGCUUCCUUGGGAUAGUAAGUAUAACUUUCAAACAUGAGUAAAAUUGUUAUUAUAUACUUAAAAUUAUUUGUUGUCAGGACUUUUUCCAUUGUCUGUUUUUAAAAUUCACGACGUUUCGGAGGCUGGAUCUCUUUCUAAGGAACCCAACAGAGUAGGUACCUCUCA